AUGGGUGACUCUGAAAUUCAUGAGAGCAUUCACAAUAUGGGUGAGAAUCGUGGGUUGUUCAAAGGCAAUCAUAAAUUUCUCGAUUUUGAUCGUAAAAAUAAUCUGAAAUCACCACAAUUUUUCGUUAACUUGAUGAAAUUCUGUCUCCUACUUGCAGUUGAGAAGGUAUUAAUGGCUCGAAAAUUUCUAGGCCCAUCAGCUGAAUUGUAUGGCCUAAGGAGGCAAUCACAAUUGGUCCAUGGACGCUUCGAUUCAAAUCUUUCUGGGGUUAAUGGGGAAGAUAGUAUUGAUGAAUUGAAAGGAAAUGAGAUGAUAUGUGGAAAAUCUGAUCAGCCUCUGCUUCAAUCAAUGGAUUUCAAUGAGAACUAUGUGGAUAAUACCUCAACAAUGGUGAAUUGUUCUUCAACAAGCUGUGAUGAAUUUCCUUUCAAUGUUCUAGCUUUUUUGGCUCAGAAAUCCAUGUUGAAUUUGGUGGUAAGGUUCGGUUGGGGACUUUUCUGGGCAACCUAUGUGUGGUUUUUGUUAGUUGGUUUGCUUGUGUCAGGAUUUGUUAUUGGCAGUUUCGCGAUGAAACGUUUAGUGGAAGAGCCAAUUCAGGCAACAGAGAACUUGAAUUUUGACUAUACGAAAACUACUCCAGUUGCUUUUGUUCCCAUAAUGUCCUCUCACAGGUUUGGAAUUUCUUCUAGCUUGAUGCCCAAAAACAGUGAAAAUGGUGAAGAACAUGUUGGCAAUCGUGUCAUUCCUUACAAUCACAAAUUGAAGCUUACUGUCACAUUAGCCCUGCCUGAAUCAGACUACAACCUGAAACUUGGUGUCUUCCAGGCUCAGAAAUCCAUGUUGAAUUUGGUGGUAAGGUUCGGUUGGGGACUUUUCUGGGCAACCUAUGUGUGGUUUUUGUUAGUUGGUUUGCUUGUGUCAGGAUUUGUUAUUGGCAGUUUCGCGAUGAAACGUUUAGUGGAAGAGCCAAUUCAGGCAACAGAGAACUUGAAUUUUGACUAUACGAAAACUACUCCAGUUGCUUUUGUUCCCAUAAUGUCCUCUCACAGGUUUGGAAUUUCUUCUAGCUUGAUGCCCAAAAACAGUGAAAAUGGUGAAGAACAUGUUGGCAAUCGUGUCAUUCCUUACAAUCACAAAUUGAAGCUUACUGUCACAUUAGCCCUGCCUGAAUCAGACUACAACCUGAAACUUGGUGUCUUCCAGGUGAGGGUGGACUUCCUGGCUGCAAAUGGUAAAACAACUGCCAGUUCAAGCAGUCCAUGCAUGCUAAGAUUCAAGAGCCAACCCAUCCGUUAUGUUGAAACCAUUGUCAAGGGUGUUCCUCUCGUUGCUGGAUUUCAAUCAGAAGUCCAACAUUUGGACAUUAAAUUUGGCGAUUUCACUGAAGGGUAUGAGCCAACUACAUUCUUGAAGGUGGUCCUUGAACAAAGAGCAGAAUACCAAUCUGGUGCUGGUUUACCCGAAAUCUAUUCUGCGUCGCUUAGCCUUGAAUCAGAACUUCCUCAAGUUAAGAGGAUUAUAUGGGACUGGAGGAGAACAAUCUUUGUAUGGAUCAGUAUUAUCUCAUUCUUGACUGAGUUACUGGUUGUUCUAAUCUUCUGCAGGCCUAUUGUUCUUCCAAGAGGAAGGCUAAGGGUUACUGGCACUAAAACAGAUUCUCAACAGUAUAAAAUAUCCCUGAAUAAAAACAUAUGA